AUGAAAUUCGAAACGCCGAAUUUGAAACGGUGUCAAUUUGAAGAAAUUGAUUGUGAAGAUGACGACGAAGACGCGUGUUAUGUGAGUAGGAAGGAGAGAAGCACAGACGUGUCGUGCUCCGUUCCUCUAAAUAGUUUCGAUCAAAUUGAUGAAGAUCAGUUUGAGGAUUAUAGUGGCAUUGUAAAUUCUUGGUACUCCAGUGUCUCAUGCUAUGUCGGAGAAGUCGAAUUAAAUCCGAGGAUUCAGAGAGGUCGAAGAGGUAUACCUAAGGGAGCGGGGGGUUAUCGGCCUCCCUUAUUCAAGUCUUCGCGAGGGCGAGUUCAGGUUCUUCCGACUAAAUUCAAUGAUACGGUUUUAGAGUCGUGGAGUAAUAAGAAAUCAAAGGUUGAGGAGUAUGAAGAAUGUUUUGAUGCUGAUGAUGGUGGUGCUCGGAAUGUAAUGUUCAGUAAAAAGAGAAUUAAUCGCCAAAGCCCUCAUGGUAAUGUGCAAUUCAAGAAACGUCGCAUAGAAGACGGGUUUAGCCGCCAAAAGCUUCAUAAGCUUAGUCGUAAAGAAGCGGAAGUGGGGUGUGUCGAUACCAGGGAUUUGGACCACAAAAUGCCCAGUUCGAUAACGUCAAUUAAUGAUGGGAACUUUUUGCCAUUGGUAGAUAGUGAUGAAUAUCUAACAAGGUUUGCUAGUAAAUUUACAGGGGUGGAGAAGUUGGAGAAGAAGGAGAAGAAGGAGGCUGAAAGGAAGGAGGAUUUUUAUAAGCCACAGGACUUUGUUCUGGGUGACAUUGUUUGGGCAAAAUGUGGGAAGAAAUACCCAGCUUGGCCGGCUAUUGUGAUCGACCCCCUAUGUCAAGCUCCAGAAAGAGUUCUGAGGGCUUGUGUCCCUGACACUAUCUGUGUGAUGUUUUAUGGGUUUUCAAAAAGUGGAAAGAGGGAUUAUGGAUGGGUGAAGGAUGGAAUGAUUUUCCCUUUUCAGGAGUAUAUGGACAGAUUUCGCGGCCAGACUAAGUUAUAUGGAAGCAAGCCAAGUGAUUUUAAUGUGGCAAUAGAGGAGGCAGUUUUGGCAGAACAUGGCCACACUGAUACAGACCUUCGUACUGUCCAGGAAACUUAUCUUGUUGCAAAUAAUGAUGAAAUCCAAGAGGCAACUGGUUUGAAUCUGGAUCAGGAAUACUGUUUCCAUAACCAGAAUGUGUGUGAUAAGAAGAAAGACACACGGACCUGUGACAGCUGUGGCUUGAUUCUUCCAUGCAAAAUAAUGAAGAAAAUGAAGAGCACAAAUUUUAAAGCCCAGUUUUUAUGUGAACAUUGUGCUAAGUUACGAAAUUCAAAGCAGUAUUGUGGCAUAUGCAAGAAGAUUUGGCAUCACUCAGAUGGAGGGAAUUGGGUAUGCUGUGAUGGCUGUGACGUUUGGGUUCACGCUGAGUGUGCCAAUUUUUCCUGCAAGCUCUUUAAGGAUUUGGAAGAUGCUGAUUAUUACUGCCCUGAAUGCACGGCAAAGCCUGAUUGUGGAUUGCCAGUAUCAGAGAAAUGGCAACCUGAAGUCAGGUCAACGGAAAACAAUGGACAAACUGUGCUUCUUGACAAAAUAACUGUCGUUUGCACUGGCAUGGAAGGGAUUUAUUAUCCAAGUCUUCAUUUAGUUGAGUGUACGUGUGGUUCAUGUGGGAAAAGGAAACAAACACUUAGUGAAUGGGAACGACAUACAGGUUCCAGAGCCAAAAAAUGGAAGUUCAGCGUUAAAGUGAAGGGUUCAAUGCUGCCGCUGGAAAAAUGGAUCACAGAGUAUACUGCACAUGGCUUUAAUCCUCUAAAGUUAGAUAAGCAACAGCUAUUUGCUUUUUUGCAAGAGAAAUAUGAGCCUGUUUACGCAAAAUGGACAACAGAACGAUGUGCUAUUUGUAGAUGGGUUGAAGAUUGGGACUACAACAAAAUUAUCAUCUGCAUCAGGUGUCAAAUAGCUGUCCAUCAAGAAUGCUAUGGAGUGAGAAAUUCUCAGGAUUUCACUUCAUGGGUCUGUAGAGCAUGCGAAACUCCUGAUGUUGAGAGAGACUGGGGUGCUCUGAAGCCAGCUGAUGUUGACAACUUGUGGGUGCACGUCACGUGUGCAUGGUUUCAGCCUGAAAUUGCUUUUUUGGAUGUUGAGAAAAUGGAACCUGCUGUUGGAGUUCUUAGAAUUCCAUCAUAUUCUUUUGCAAAG